AUGGGUUCCGCAGCUACGGGCAGCUAUGCCCUCUCGCAGACUCAUCGAGAGAUGCUCGAGAAGUCCCUCGUCGAGUCCGAUUCGGAGAUCGCUGAGAUCAUGAAAAAAGAAAUCAAACGCCAACGCGAGUCCAUCAUCCUGAUCGCCUCCGAGAACGUGACCUCACGCGCCGUCUUCGACGCCCUCGGCUCGCCCAUGUCCAACAAGUACAGCGAGGGAUACCCGGGCGCGCGCUACUACGGCGGAAACCAGUUCAUCGAUGCCAUCGAACUCACGUGCCAAAGCCGGGCCCUGACGGCCUUUCACUUGGACAGUGAGAAGUGGGGAGUCAACGUGCAGUGUUUGAGCGGGAGUCCCGCGAACCUGCAGGUGUACCAGGCACUGAUGAGACCGCAUGAUCGGUUGAUGGGCUUGGAUCUGCCGCAUGGUGGACACUUGAGUCACGGGUAUCAGACGGCGCAGAGAAAAAUAUCCGCAGUCUCAACCUACUUCGAAACUUUCCCCUACCGAGUCAACCUCGAGACGGGUAUCAUCGACUAUGACCGCCUCGAAGAGAACGCCCUCAUGUACCGCCCCAAGUGCCUCGUCGCAGGAACCUCCGCGUACUGCCGCCUGAUCGACUACGCCCGCAUGAGACAAAUCGCAGACAAAUGCGGCGCGUACCUGAUCGUGGACAUGGCACACAUCUCCGGAUUGAUCGCCGCGGGCGUCAUCCCGAGCCCCUUCGAGUACGCCGACGUGGUCACCACGACCACCCACAAAUCUCUGCGUGGCCCCCGAGGAGCAAUGAUCUUCUACCGCAAGGGGGUUCGCAGCACAGACGCCAAAACGGGAAAACAGGUCCUCUACGAUCUCGAGGGUCCUAUCAACUUCUCCGUCUUCCCCGGUCACCAGGGUGGGCCGCACAACCAUACCAUCACCGCACUGGCAGUCGCCCUGAAGCAAGCGGCCACUCCCGAGUUCCGUGCAUACCAAGAACAGGUGAUCAAGAAUGCCAAAGCCCUGGAAGUCGAGUUCAAGGAGUUGGGCUACAAGUUGGUCGCCGACGGGACGGACUCACACAUGGUCCUUUUAGAUCUCCGACCGCAGUCCCUUGAUGGCGCCAGAGUCGAGGCCGUGCUGGAACAGAUCAACAUUGCGUGCAACAAGAACAGCAUUCCCGGAGACAAGUCGGCCCUGACCCCCUGUGGCAUCCGCAUCGGCACGCCGGCCAUGACCUCGCGCGGGUUUGGGGAAGAAGACUUUAAAAAGGUGGCCAGGUACAUUGAUACGAGCAUCAAGCUGUGCAAGAAGAUCCAGGGAGAAUUGCCCAAGGAGGCCAACAAGUUGAAAGACUUUAGAGAGAAAGUGAGCAGCGACACCGUCGACGACAUCUUGAAGUUGAGGGCCGAGGUUGCCGACUGGGCUUCGAGUUUCCCCUUGCCGGUGUAA